CGCGCAGCUCGUGAGACGCCGCGCCAGCCGGCACCAUGCGCCUGCGGCCGCUGCCCCUCGUCGUGGUCCCCGGCUUGCUGCAGCUGCUAUUUUGUGACAGUAAAAAGGUGGUGCGUGCCACAGAAGGGCUGGAUUGGGAAGACAAAGAUGCUGCCGGGACACUGGUGGGAAACGUGGUACACUCAAGGAUCAUCAAUCCUCUGCGUCUGUUUGUUAAACAGUCUCCAGUCCCCAAGCCCGGACACUUGGCAUACGCGGACAGCUUGGAGAACUUUUGGGAUUGGCUGGCCAAUAUCACGGAGGUUCAGGAGCCCUUGGCAAGAACUAAACGGAGGCCAAUAGUGAAAACGGGAAAAUUUAAGAAAAUGUUUGGAUGGGGUGACUUCCAUUCCAACAUUAAAACUGUUAAGCUCAACCUCCUUAUCACGGGGAAAAUCGUUGACCAUGGAAAUGGAACCUUCAGUGUUUAUUUCCGACAUAAUUCCACAGGCCUGGGCAAUGUUUCAGUGAGUUUGGUACCCCCCUCCAAAGUGGUGGAAUUUGAAGUUUCCCCACAGUCUACCUUGGAGACCAAGGAAUCCAAAUCUUUCAAUUGUCGCAUUGAGUAUGAAAAAACAGAUCGGGCGAAGAAGACUGCCCUGUGCAACUUCGACCCAUCCAAGAUCUGCUACCAGGAGCAGACUCAGAGCCACGUUUCCUGGUUGUGUUCCAAGCCCUUCAAGGUCAUUUGCAUCUACAUUGCCUUUUACAGUGUUGAUUAUAAACUUGUGCAAAAGGUCUGUCCUGACUACAAUUACCAUAGUGAGACUCCAUACUUAUCUUCUGGCUGAAUCUUUCUACAGCCAAUAGAAAGAAAGGACAAAUAUAUAUUCAAUUAGAAUGACCAAGAACCAAGCCCAGCUCUUCAUGGUAAAGGAUCCCUUUUGUUUCUGGCAGUGAACCUUCAUUCCCUAUAAGGUUUUCAGACUUAAAAGAAAAAGAAACAUCUCUAAAUGUGAAUUGUGUUUGUUUCGAUCAUAAGUACCUGAAUCUAAAGAGUAAAACUGUGUAUGAAGCCAUCGCUCUCACAUAGGAUGGCUAAGUCCUCCAGGUAUUGUUGUUUCUCUAAGAGUCCAUGGUAGCAACAUAUAACAGGAAAGAACCAACUUAUGCAUGUGAUAAACAUUGCUCUUGAAGUGAGCCUGCCUUUGAAGUAUGUUUUGGAAGAUUACCUUAAAAAUAGCAGAUUCAGUAAAGCAACUGAAAAGAUUGUAUUGGGUAGAUGAAUCACAUUUCUGACACUGAAUUCUUUUUUUAUUGCUGUCUUUUCUCCCACAUCUGUGCUGUUACUGAUAUGAGAGAUGAAG